AGUAUUUUUGUUUGAACAUGAUAAAAGAUAAAUCUCCUAUUUAAAAAGGAAACUAUAUCAUUUUUAGAGACAGACUUAUUGGAAAAGGAAGACAUUCCUUCAUUUACGAUUGCGUCAAUGAACUUGAUAAAUAAACUCAAUAUUGUGCUAAAAUAUUUUUCAAUACAUCAAUCCCAAGAACUUUGAAAAUUGAAAACCUAAAAAACAUUGACAACGUAAAUCUCUUGAAAUAUUAUGAAAUAUUUGAACACAACAAGGAUGUAAUCAUUAUAAUGGAAAAAUGUGAUGGUAACUUAAAAGCAAUUAUUGACAAAUAACCACUAACUGAAAAGGAUACAUUUAAUUUUUUAAGGCAAUUCUUGGGAGGGUAUUAAACAAUAAUUGAUGUUGAUCUAGAUUUGAGAGAAUUGAAACCUGCCAAUAUUUUAGUUAAGAAUAACGUUUAUAAAGUAUAUCAUAUUCUAUUUUGACAAGAUAUCCAAUUAUGGAAUAUCAUCUUUGUAUAAAGUGUUAGAUGGGGAAACUAAAGCAUUCUCUGCUCCAGAAAUAUUUUAUGAAAAAGAACAAACUAGAAUUAAGGACAUAUUUUCAGUAUUUAUUUAAUCGAAUUUAUCAGCUUGGAUUAGUCUUAUAUUUUGCUUUUUACAACUAAUUACCUUAUUCAUAUAGAAGUGCAGUUGAUCAAAUAGCAUUCUUUAGGUAAAUCAAGCAAAUUGAUUUUGAAAUAAAGAAAGAAGUAUGAUUUUACAUCUAAUUUAGGGGCCACUAAAGUUGAAACAAUUAUUAUAGUCAAUGAUCAUCUACGAACCAUCAAAAAGAAUUACAAUUGAUGACUUAUAGUUGUAAUUGGACAUGGACAAUAAUGUGAUAUGA